AUGGAGGGUGCAAGCAGCGACCAGCGCCCUCAAUAUACCAUUAUCCCAGGCCAGAGCCUGGCCGAUCUACGCACGUUGCCACUAAGGCGUACACUAACAUGUAUCUUAGACCUUGGUGCCUCUCUCCACGAGAUACUCCAUCUGAUCAAAGCGAAGAAAGAUCAGUACAAGCAGAUCAACCUCCACUACGAGCCCAAGAACCCCUUGGAGGGCGUGGUAGUUGUCAAUCUGCCAGAUAAUGGCUUCCGGCUGCGAUUCGACGGCAAAGACCAACGGCUCCGUCUGAUCGAGGUCACGGACUUCUCAAAGCUGGUCCUCAUCUACAAGGGUAGUGUACUGGCGAAAGGGGUGACAGAGAACCCAGCUUUCAGGCGCGUCUACCAACUCUUUGGCGCCUCAUACCCUGGUGAAUACAUCCCUCCACAGAAUGCCCAAGGUGUAGGGCAGUAUGUGUUGUCAUGGGCAGGAAUAGCAUUCGUGUUCCCUGUUCAGCACUCUGCCUGGGCACCUGAGAAGAACCACGUUAACUUGCUGGACUCUUCCGCUGCGUCCCCUGCAGCGGCAAUGUCGUUGUUCGAAGGCAGCAGCUGGCCGGAGGUAAGGCAAAACAUCUUCACCAAGCCUGUCUCCGGACCACGACUGUCAGGAAUCGCCGCUCGACCAAAGGACAAUCUACCAGCCGAAAUCGAAAUCGCCAAUAUCCACCAGCACGGAAGGAUUGAACUCCAGCGUCGCGCACCCGCUGCGCCCUUCACCACCGUUCUCAACGAGACCACAUCUCAAGAUCUCAUCACCGAGCUCGGCCCUCCAGAUGCCACCCACAAGAAGAUCCCCGAUGUCACUCCUAGUGACCGCCCCUCCCACCUUCGCGCAAGCAGCAUGUCCAACGGCCGCCCUCGCCCCGGCUCGCAACCCUCCAGCUACUCCUCCACCGGCACCGACACCUUCGACGCCGACUUCGACUCUGGUGACGCCGAUGACGACGCCAGCGAUCGGUCUGUUCGAGAAGUCUUCUGGUGCUACUUCAGCCAUGGCAUGGAUAUUCUCGUCGGCCCACGGACUACGGACGGCUCUUCUGCUGCUGCGAAUCCGUCGCUCAAGACCUCGAGCCCGCAUCUUGUCGUCCUCAAAGUUAUCAUCCAUGGCAAUGUCCCAGGUAGUUAUGCAUUCAACCGACAUCGCCGGCUCCGCUGGACACUAGAGUUCCCGGAGCACAGCUAUCUCGGUCCGCUGAACAGCGAGACGCCUUUCGAGUCGUCUGAAGCAGGCGGUAAUGAGGCAACCGCUGACGGCCUUCGCGAUGCUCUAUUGCACAUCUUCCAGUCCGCCGGGGUUACAGGGGAGAUGGGCCGCGGCAAAGUUGUCAAUCGCACGUGGGGUGGUGCCGGAGACGGUGGAGAUCUGUCUGAUACCGGCUUCUUUCUGCCAGAUGCGGAGAAGGAGCUAGUGGAAGGUAAUGAAAGUGAGAGCUGGCUUGGGAAUACGCAGCUGUUUGCUUUUCCGGGGCUGGGGUUUGAGGUUGGAGAGGGCGGGUGGGUUGGCGCGGUUUCGGUAUGUUAG